UGAAAGCAAAGGGCUUGGGCGGUUCGACGUGUCCCCUUCAGCAGACGGACGUGGGCCGCUUUGACAUGAAAGUAGCGGGCGGGCGGACGGACGUGGAACGUACGCUUUGAAAUGAAAGGCUAAAGGCUCAGGGCUCGGUGCGCUCGACGUGUCCCCUGCGCGUCAAAGCCGCUCGACGUUUGCUUUGCUGCCUAUGUGACGGACGACGCGCGUCUGAGCUCGCGGGGCUACGGCCGUCACUUUCGCCUUCACGGCACUCACUCACCGCCAGCUGCUCUCUGCGUCCGGAUCGUGGCAUCCAUCGCUCAAGAGACAACUUUUCUUUGGUGGACUGCGCGCUUUGGAGAGCGUCGGAAAUGCGGAGCUUCUCGAUGCGCGUUGCAUUGGUGCUGUUGCUCCUCUCGCCGUGGCGCCCCGUAAAGUCAGUGGCAGGAACCGGCUGCACGUGCAAAGCGGACAAAGCGUGCUCCUGCAACGUGGGUCAAAGCGUCACCUUAGACAGCGGUUUCACCGGCGCUCAAAUCGCCUGGAAGAAGAAUGGCGGCGCCGUUACUUCAUCUGUUAGUACGUCGGACCCUGGAAAGGCAACGGUCUCAUCGCUGACAAUUGGUGACACCGGGAUGUACGUGGCCAUCGAGGGUUCGGAUGUUACCAAGACGAAGGCGUUCCUUGUCCAGGUUCACGAGCCGGUCGCCACAGUCCGCGUUGAACGUGUCGCUGCAAAUCAGGUGUCCCUCUCCUGCAUCGCAUCGGGGAGCUUCAAAGAACUCAAGUGGAAGAAGGGAGACACCGCUGUCGCCGGUGGUCCGAACUACAAACUCGCUCUGAACAACGCGCAGUUGAUCAUCAAGGAUGGCUCAGCCAACCCGGGCAAGUACACUUGCGUGGCCGUACAAUUCGACGGCAAAGAGAAAGAGUCCAAGCCUUUCGAACUGGAGUGAGCAGCAGUGCCUACUAGGGGACGGCACACUUGGGGCCUCCACCCGCAGCCCGCUCCACCUCAGCGCCUCCCCCCCCAAAAGAUGGGCCUCCACCCGCAGCCCGCUCCACCUCAGCGCCUCCCCCCCAAAGGCUUUCCCCCUCGAGGUGUGAUACUGCAUGUCGACAACGGCAGAGAAGAAAUCGGUUCAAAUUGCAUUGCAGCACCCUUGCGAUACUGCUCGCUCGAUUUAUUCACGGUUAUUUGUUUUGUUUUGCUCGCGAUGUUUUCUCGCGGCUUGAUUUCUUUAUUAUGCUUGAUUUCUUCAAGGUUAUUUGCAUCGCGUUGUCUCCUCCCUUUCAGCCGGAUUGUACAUUGGCAGUGAAAUAAAGUUUGAUCGCAUGACGUGU